AUGGCUUCCAUGCUCUCUUUUCUAAUAAACUCUCUUUCUCACAGAAACAAACCUAGUAACAACACUAUUAAAGAUGAUCACAUCAAUGACGACUUAGCCAUUGUGAAAGCAGCUGCAUGGGCAUGGUAUCAACACGGUUCCGGAUCAUGCCAUGAAGGAGACGCUAUUUCUAGUGAGUUUUUUAUCAGAACGACGACGCGUCGCGAACCGAGACCUUCUCGUUACAAACUAGAGUUAGAAGCAAAAAGAUCAAUGGAAAAGGAAAUAACAGAAAGUUCGCCGGUUCAUCGCAACAAGGAGGAAUCUCUACUUGAUGAAUACGAAGUUCAAAGCAUUUCAAGGCAUUUGAAUAACCUUAUAGUGUCUAAUAAUAAUCACAACCGCAAGAAACAUGUGAGUCGCACCGACAAAGACAAUACUGCAAUCACAACAAGUGCAGAUGAGGGUGUUAAAAAGAAUAACAAGAAGAAGAAGAUUAUAAGAAAAGGGUUUUUCUUUAAGCAUGGUGUUGUGUGUGGAAGAGAAGGAGAUGUGGUUGAUUCAAGUAGUGUUGUUUCACGAGAUCGUCGUCGUUUAACAAAGAGUGUACCUUCUGUUCGUGGUUUUAAAUAA